AUGGCUGGGCACGUUCGGCACCGCCGGUAUGUGCUGCACGACUUUGUGAUCGGCACGCGGCACCGUGGCGUGGCCUUCGUCGACAGCGGCGUCCGCGACAUCCUGCGCGCUCACCAGCCCCAGCCUGCGCCAUACUACCCCACGAACACCUUCGCAAUCCGGCGCUCUGGCGAUAGAGGGGUUGGGAUGUUCGCGACCGGGAACCUGCUCACGGGCGCCACCAUCCUCAUUGAGCACCCGACCGUGAUCGCGCCGUUCGUGCUGGGGCUCAACACGCCCGUGGACGACUUCUUCGACGACCUCUUCGGGAGUCUCCCCACGCGACAGUACGAGAUGCUCAUGGGUCUCGCGAACUGCAUGCCACGCACGUCGGUCGGUCACGCAGAAGGUGUCAUGGCUACCAACGCCCUCGCCAUCGAGCUCGACGUUCCCACCGUCGGUCCCAACCCGGAGCUCAGCACCCACCGGGCGAUCUUCAUGCAGGCGAGCCGGAUCAACCACAGCUGCUCGCCCAACGCCAAGUGGGAAUGGGAUCGCAAGACUCUAGCGCUCACCCUACGCGCCGUGCGCCCCAUCCGCGCCGGCGAAGAGAUCACGAUCAACUACGUCGACGUCGCCCUCCCUCGCGCCGAGCGCCGCGCCCGCCUGCGCGCCACCUACCACUUUGACUGCCAUUGCCCCGCCUGCGCGCGCGACGACCCGCGCUCGGACGCCGCCCGCGCCGAGCUCCGCGCCUUCGGCACCGGCCUCCCCACCUUCGAGGACUGGACGCGCGACGCGCGCCUGCCCGACCUCGUGCUCGUCCGCGCGCACGAGCGCGCGCUGUCGCUCAUCGAGGCGGAGGGCCUGCAGGUGCUCGGCGUGCGCGAGCACGUCGACGCGAUCACGAUGUGCUACGGCGCGCUCGCGGACGAGAAGAUGUUCCGGUACUGGGCGAACGAGGCAAGGGCGGAGCGCGCGCAGGAUAAGGUCGAGGACCUGAAGGUCGUGCAGGCGUGGAUCGCGAACCCUCGCGCGCUGCCCGUGUGGGGGUGGCGGCGCGAUACGACGCACGCACGCCGGCGUAGCUCGCGCUCGCCGAAGUAA